UCGUCUUCGGCAGUUCGAACGUGAGGCUUGCGCAGUCGAGACCGGCUGGUUCUCUGCCCGACGGUGUGGUCUCGCAACAUGGCUGUUUACACGUCCACGCAGCCGCUACUUUCAAACCGUGAGAUCCGCUUCGCUAACGACAACACGGUCCUCCUCGUGGUCCUCGCGUACGUGCUACUCGCUAAAGGAGGUACCAGCACUCCACUGACUAAUCACUAUGUAAAUGAUGUAAAUUAUUAUGACAUUACAAGCAAUGUUGACAAUUCAGAUCCUUUGGAAAAAUUUUACUUAAUUACUGAACAAAGGUGGCACACGGAUACAGUGCUACCUAUCCCUUUACUGCCAUCUACCGAGGGAAUGUCUGUUCGAUCUCCUCACAGGAUUCCACAGUCCAUAACAGGACUGGACGAUGCUGGAAUGGAUUUGCAAGCAGCUCAACUUAGCACUCGAGCAGGACAGGAGGUUCGCUCCACCACAACUUUAUCAUGGCUAGACUGGCAGCUAUCACUCUUUGUAGCACUCUGCGCCAUCGCUGGCGCUAUUCUCUUCACAUUCUUGAUUUUGUUAUGGCUACGAAAACAAAUGUCGCGUGAAAAGGAUACAGAGGAUGGUGAUAGGAGAGGCUUGGUUGAGGAAGGUACCGUGGGUCACCCUGAGAAGCCUGCUAAAUCUACAAAGGUAUCGGUCGAAGGUCAAUGGGUUCAUCAACCUACAGUAAAGCCAUCUGUGUCUGUUCAAUCUGUCCGACCAGUUACUCAAACCAGUGGUUUGCCAGAGGUAAUGUCAGUGGCAACACCAGAACGUAGACCGGAACCUAUACGUAUAAAAGCUAAAGGACUACUCGAACGGCGCGGUUCAAGUGCAAGCUUGACUAUAGAAUUGGCACCUCCUCCUGAAAAUCAACCGUACGUAGUAACACCUACCCGGGAAUGUACCGCGGAAGAAUUUUUGCUGAGCGCCGGGAAUGUCUUGUCUAAAACACAGCUGAAAAAGGCUGUCAGCGACCCGGCAUUGUUGCACAAAGAAUUCUGGGAAGUUCCGUUAAAUUUACCGAAGGAACUAGAUAUCUGCGGAUACUGGGUGAAAAAUAGAUAUUGUUCUAUAUUACCGAAUCCACAAUCCAGAGUGGUUCUACCAAGUACUUCCUCCGAUGAUCCUCUUUCUAGCUACAUCAAUGCCAACUACAUUCGGGGAUAUGACGCAGAAGAUUCGCGUUAUAUCGCAACACAGGGACCAUUGCCUCAUACAGUAGCCGACUUCUGGAAAAUGAUUUGGGCAGAGAAAGCUCCCGCAGUCGUUAUGAUGACGAAACUACACGAAGCCGCGAAGACGAAAUGCGAGGCAUAUUUUCCACUGGACGUAAAUAGUCGCAUAACAGCCGGACCUUACACUAUCAUCGUUACCUCUAUCGAUGCAAGGGACGGCUACACAAUCAGAGACUUGGAGCUUAGAUUCGAAGGUGAAAGGAGACACGUGCAGCAUUAUUGGUAUGAUUCAUGGCCGGACCAUGCCGUACCUGAAAAUGCAGAUACCUUGGUUAGCCUAGCUGCAGAAGUGAACUCCCUACCGGGACCUAUAGUCGUUCACUGCAGUGCUGGAAUUGGAAGGACUGGAUGUUUCAUAGCUAUAGCAACCGGAAUGACACAACUAACGCGGGACGGAAACGUGGACGUUUUAGGCAUUUUAUGUCAAAUGAGGUACGACAGAGGGGGCAUGAUUCAAACGGCGGAGCAGUACGAAUUCGUACACCGUGCACUUUGUCUGUACGAUCAAACGCUUGACGGCGGUAAAUCAUCGAGUGCCGGCGAUUGAUGCGACUAAUAAUAUGACAUUAUGGGAAUUGAUCAGAAUUCGUUAGGAGAAAAUUUUCGUGGGAGUUAUACGAAGAUUCACAGAAUGAUUGUGAGGUAUUGUCUGCAACGUUGAUACUUCGUCCAGGCGUGACUAUCUCUGCCACGAAAGAUACACUACGACGAAGAGAAUCACAGUCGUUUAAGACCUAAAGGAUGUCUUGACUGUCUUCAACUUGUUUAAGGAAGGGAGCCUGAUGUAAAGUGUUGAAAAUUACCAAAUUUUUUGGGGGAUUUUUCUUUUAAAAAAUCUACUGAACCAAUAUGUUUUAAAUUAUAAGUAUAUUUUAUUACGCUAUUGAAGUAACUGAGACGAUGUUUUCGGUUAAAAAAAGGAGCUAUAAAUAUUAUUGCUGUAGUGGCUUUUAUCCAACUUGUUGUGAAAAAAAAGAAAAAAAAAAGAAGAAAAGUUGUUCCGCGUGUAAUGUAGCGCUUUGUAUUUCGCAAACGACUUCCCAUAAUUUUCUCGAUACGAACAACGUGUUCAGUUUUUACUACGUGAGAAAUCAUUGUUGUUUACGGUUCAUUGCGGUAAACUGCAUUGAACAAGAGCCGUGUACCACCUAUCUACGUCUGCUGCUCGGUAGCAAAAUGGGCCAAAUCCGCCUUAAUUUUUCGUAUUUCAUUGAACGCCACAAAAAGGUGUAUCGAUUUUUUCGACCUGCUACAUCAAGCUCCCCUUUAACCCUUUCGCUACGACGGACGGCUAUAGUCGCUCUCUAUGAUGCCAUUUACAUGUAUACGACGGACGACUGUAGUCGCGCCGUGUAUCUUUGCUGUGUCGACGCUCGGAUGUUUAUUGAAAGUUUGUUAAGGAGCUAUACAAUGUCCUCUUUUAAGGAAUGUCCUCUCUCUUCCGAAAGCAACUUUUGUAGGAGUUAGACGUUAAACCGAUCGCUGACGAAUGUCAGGUGUUCGACGCGGCGAUUCGUUCAGUUGGAGCGAGAGGGGUAGCGAGAGGGUUAAGGAUGAGUUUCGUCUCACUUAAUAAGCUGCCAUUUCUAUACUGCCAUGACAAACCGUUGACAAUUAAUAUCAGUCAUUUGGCGGCUCUAGAAAUGAUGUGGGAACGGUGAAAAGAAACGGGAAGUUCUUCCUGGGCCUUGUCUUAGGGCCCGGGGUAGUUUUGGGAAAUGUGUCGACGAAUUGGCCGUUUGCUGGCGAGCGUGGGAGAUAGAGCCGCCACAGUCACAAAGCUCAAGGGAGAUGAUUAAAAAAUGAAAUACGCUACUAUUCUUAAACGGAAUUAAAACUGUUCGACAUAUAAAACAAAAAAAAAAAGAAUUAUAUACUAUAAUUUAACUUGCAAAAACGUGAGAUCAGGGUUUAGUCUGGACCAUUGGGUUCAGGUUUUUAUGCAUUCUCUGUGUAUCAGAAGUUAGAUUCGAUAGUUGUUAACACUUGCAACUAUAAUAGUAUUCUGAGGAAACUUGUACUUUCUGUAAUUCGAUGAACUUUUCCUUGGCUUCUUGGUGCAGCGAUGUAUCGCAAAGUUAACACAGCCAUGCGAACGCUAAUGCUGACGGCGAAAUAAGUAAAUUUGAUUCGAAUCGAAGAAAUCCACGAACACAGAAACGGCAUAUUAUUAUAUUAAAAGCUCUAUAAAAUUGGGACCCAGAUCAAUUUAAAUAUUUGUAUCCUAUUUGUAGUUCCUAGUUAAUUUUACAGUAUGCACAAUAAUUUCCAUGACCUUUAAUUAAUUUAUCAACAAAGACUGAACGCAGGUAGUACAAUACGUUUAUUAUAUAAGUUAUAAAUCUAACUAGACAUAUAAUGUGCUUCUGUAACGCAAGAUAAAAUUCAUGACGUAUUGAUGCAGUUCGAAAACCAAGUAGUUUCGUUUGAAGGAAAGGAAGAAAAAAAAGGACUUGUUGAAAAUGCGUUCAAAACGACCCGAAUCUCGUCGAUAACGUAAAACUUUCAUCGAUGCGUGAUAUAUCGAAUCAAGAAUAACGUCUCACUUAAAUAACCUACUCUUCAAGUAUUAUGUACAAAUUGAAUUAUUUAUUCUAUUCACUACUUCGAGUUAAUGUAUAAAAAAAAGAAGAAAAAAAACGAAUCUGGUGAAAUGUCAUGAAUUUGCAUUUGAAAGAAAUUGCUGCUUUCAUUAAGGGAUUAGCAAUUGGUUCAUUCUGUUGGAAGAUUAGACCGUAGUUGACAAUAAGUGUUAUUUAAGCCUUUACGAGUGUUGUAAACGAGAAUUAUACUUUGUUAGCGUGAAAGGCGAUAGCCGAACGGUUACAUUUUCUCUGCAAAAAGAAAAAAAAGUUUCUUGUUUAUGCAAGUGGAUUCUAUCAAGCUAUAGACUUCAAGCAUUGUAACAAUACCAAAGUUGUUAUUAGUAUUUACUAACUAUGGUGUAACGUGAACAGAGAUGCAUCGCAGACUCUGCAGGAUCUACGACGACUAGAUAUUAUUAUUUUGGACAUCGAUUCGUUCCAUGCAAUUGACUUCUCAACAAAUUCCAGUGUAAUCCAGUGUAAUUCUAUUAAACUAAGCGUUUCGAUAAACAAGCUACCGCGAAUGGUCUCAGCAUUUGUAUUAAAAGUGGAUGUGCCGUAGUCAAGUUGCUCGUUAUUUCGAACAUAAUCAGUCCUAUUCACUGGAACUAUCAAGUUGUAACAACAAUUUUCUUUUUUUUUUCCAUUCAAAUUGUGGACAUGGGAUGCCUCGAAGUUUUACCUUGAAUGCAGUGUGAACGUGUGAAUUUUGAGCGGAAGAUUGUGAUAUGUAUACAAAUAUAUAUUAUAUAUACUUGUACAUAUAUUGUACAGAGAGUAAAAUAUAUUUAAGAGAGUAUGUAUUUGUGUAAGCAAAUCAAGAGUAAAUUAUUUAUGAAUAUGUAAAGCCUUAAGCUACUUUAAUGUAAACGUAUUAAUAACGUAACAACAACAACAACAACAACAAUAAUAAUAAUAAUAAUAAUAAUAAUUUAGAAGCCCUUUGGUGUUCAAUUGUACUUAUGUGACGUAAUAAAUGUUUAUAGUACCCAUGCAA